GUGCUACGGUGGGACGCCUUUGGAAGUCCGGGGGUCUCGCGGUGAGCAGGUCAAGCCUCAAGUUUGGUCCUUGCAGACAGGUGUGGAGGAGAGAAUCGAGGUCUUUGCCAAGACACUGAUGCGACCAGUGCAGUAUUCCUUCAUUGAGGACUUCGAGCUUCCUGCCUCCGACAACGAUGUUGUACAGGUCCGUCGAUAUGAGCUAAACGAAGCCGGCCUACGCCAGGCUCGCCUCGCCUUCAACUGUGACGCGGUGUUCAAGUCCAUGUCGGAGUCCGGCGUCCUUAACCGUGGUUCUGACUGUGACGUCCUGCCGGGUAUGUUUGACCUCACUGCUGCGUCCAACAACAUUCCCUUUGUCUGGUCACUUCCCCACUUCUACCUGGUUGAGGCUCAGGACAGCACGCAGCACCCGCGGAACAACCUCAUUGGCUUUGUUACGCCGACAGGGCCAAGGUAUCGCAACAUGGUGGUCGUGGAGCGGGAGUCAGGUCGUGUUCUGCAGAGCAUGCUGAAAGAGCAGAUUUCCAUCCGCUUGUACAAGGAUGACAGAAACUAUUUCUUCACGAAGCACAAGUCCAUCGCAGUGCCAUUAUACUGGAGGAUGGACACCAAGAAUGCAACAGUGGCAGAAAGGCAGCUGCUCAGCUCCAUGCAAGGCACUUUCCGUGGCCUGGAUGCGGGCUUCUUCGCCUGCAUGAUCCUGGGAGGCGUCUGCCUGUUGGCAGCGCUCUUUGUCGGUAUGCUUCUGUACCGCGACAACUCACUGCAGAGCGUGCGUGA